ACCCCCACCCCCCAUCUGUGCCCACUGCAUAUUUGCCCAAAGCAUAGCAAAAGCUACUACACACUGCUUUUUUUUCUGCUUUCUUCACAGACAAUUUGAUUAAUCACAUUUUGUUGUCGGAUUUAAUCUCUGCUUUCUUCACCGCAUGAACCAAUUAUCCCGCCCAAUUUCUUCUUCUUCUUCUUCUUCUUCUCUCCAGUUCCGCCAGUGUUUGAUUUCAUCGCUGUUUGAAUUGAAGUUGUCUGCGUUCUCUUACAUUACUUCAUAAUUUAAAAAAAAUAAUUAAUUUUCCACUUCAUUAUCAUCCAAUUGUCAAAUUUGCUGCCCCUUUUCACGACAAUUUGAUCCACCACCGCGGGGCCUGCUACUUUAUUUUCUGAGAAAAAAAAUUAAUUUUUUUUCUUCCCCCAAGUUGAGAGAUCUGUUGAAGCAUUCAGCAUUGUUUGAAAUUUCGAAAUUAAUUUCGAAAUUUUGAUAACGCAUUUUUAGUAUUUAUUUCGAGUAAUUAAAUGCGCUGCUGAUUUGGUUAAUUUUAUGAUAUUAUUUAUUUUUUAGUUUCCCCCCUCAAUUUACAAGGAAGUAAUUGUUAAUGUAAUUAGGUUUUCUUUGGGUUGGGAAUAGCUGCAAAGUGGGGUUUAUGAUUGUGAUUUGUGAACGGUGUGAAGAGUCAGUCACUUGUUGAUGUUUGGUAAUAGUUAUAGUAUGGUACAUUCCACUGAGUUCGGCAGCUAAUUCUGCGGGUCCGCCGAGCUAAAGUUCGAUUUCCUUUUUAAAGGAAGAAAAAAGAAAGAUCCACUUUUGAUCCAAUUAUAUUUCUGUUUGUUUGAUUCAUUUAUUGUAGCAAAAAAAGGAUAAGAAAAUGUCACAGAAGAAAGUUAAGGGCUCGCCUUCCCUCCAGUCGAUCAAAUCGUUGCCCGUGGAUUUACGGUUUGUGGGUUCUUCUGGGAGUAAUAGGAUGAAUUUAUCUGAUAAUGUAUCGGAUAAUGUAGAGUUAUCGAGUGAUUCUGCUCAAGGAAGGAGUGAUAUUGGUUCGGAAAAUGAUGAAUCGCCUUAUUAUAAUUUGGAUAUGCCGGCUAAGAAUACUCCUACGCGGUCGAUUAAACGAUCCAAUGUCGAUUCUAAGUGGAGCGACACCACCCCUUACACUACGAAGAAGAAGCUUCAGUCAUGGUUUCAACUUCCUGAUGGUAAUUGGGAGCUGGCGACUAUUCUUCAAACUUCUGGAAAUGAGUCUUUAAUAUCUUUGGCCGACGAAAAAGUUUUGAAAGUGAAUAUGGAAUCUCUGGUUCCUUCAAAUCCCGAUAUACUCGAUGGCGUGGAUGAUCUCAUGCAACUAAGUUACUUAAACGAACCGUCAGUAUUGUACAAUCUCCAGUAUAGGUACAAUCAGGAUAUGAUUUACACCAAAGCGGGCCCUGUUUUGGUUGCCGUUAAUCCCUUUAAAAAAGUCUCGUUAUAUGGCGAUGAUUAUAUUGAUGCUUAUAAGUGCAAAUCCAUGGCGAGCCCACAUGUGUAUGCCAUCACUGAUGCAGCCAUGCGUGAAAUGAUCCGAGAUGAAGUGAAUCAAUCCAUCAUUAUAAGUGGGGAAAGUGGAGCUGGAAAAACCGAGACGGCAAAAAUAGCAAUGCAGUAUUUGGCUGCCUUGGGAGGUGGUAGUGGAAUUGAGUACGAGAUACUGAAAACGAAUCCCAUUUUGGAAGCCUUUGGUAAUGCCAAAACAUUAAGAAACGACAACUCGAGUCGCUUUGGAAAGCUGAUUGAAAUUCACUUUAGUGAAACUGGAAAAAUAUCGGGUGCCAGUAUUCAAACUUUUUUACUCGAGAAGUCGAGAGUUGUUCAAAGUUCAGCGGGAGAAAGGUCAUAUCAUAUCUUUUAUCAGCUUUGUGCUGGAGCUCCACCUCUUCUUAGAGAAAAAUUGAACUUAAGGAAUGCAGAUGAGUUCAAGUAUUUGAGCCAAAGUAACUGCUUCACAGUUUCUGGUGUUGACGAUGCAGAACAGUUUCGUGUAGUAACGGAAGCUCUGAAUAUUGUCCAUGUUGCAAAAGAAUCCCAAGAUUCCGUAUUUGCAAUGUUAGCUGCAGUUCUGUGGCUCGGAAAUGUCUCAUUUACAGUGAUCGAUAGUGAAAAUCACGUCGAACCAGUGGUGGAUGAAGGUCUAGUCAACGUUGCCACUCUGAUUGAGUGCAACAUUGAGGAACUAAAGCUAGCUUUAUCGACUCGAAAAAUGAGAGUAGGAAAUGAUACAAUUGUUCAAAAACUUACCCUGCCUCAGGCAAUUGAUACGAGAGAUGCUUUGGCUAAAUCGAUUUAUUCUUGUUUAUUUGACUGGCUAGUCGAACGAAUUAAUAAAUCAUUAGCAGUUGGCAAAAUCCGCACCGGAAGAUCCAUUAGUAUUCUCGAUAUCUACGGUUUUGAAUCGUUUGAGAGGAACAGUUUUGAGCAGUUCUGCAUUAACUACGCCAAUGAACGAUUACAACAACACUUCAAUCGUCACUUGUUCAAAUUGGAGCAAGAGGAAUACAUUCAAGACGGCAUUGACUGGACAAAGGUUGACUUUGAAGACAAUCAAGAUUGUCUUAAUCUCUUCGAGAAGAAGCCAUUAGGGUUACAAUCGUUGCUUGACGAGGAAUCUACCUUUCCAAAUGGCACGGAUUUGAGCUUUGCCAAUAAGCUCAAGCAGCAUUUGAACUCCAAUCCUUGUUUUAGAGGAGAAAGAGGGAAAGCUUUUACUGUGUCCCAUUUUGCAGGAGAGGUUACGUACGACACAACUGGAUUUCUAGAAAAGAAUCGGGAUUUACUUCAUUUAGAUUCCAUCCAACUUUUGUCUUCUUGCACGUGCCCCCUUCCUCAAGCUUUUGCCUCCACUAUGCUUACUCAAUCCGAAAAGCCAGUAGUGGGUGCACUAUAUAAAUCCGGUGGAGCGAAUUCGCAAAAAUUAAGCGUCACAACAAAAUUCAAGGGCCAACUGUUCCAAUUAAUGAAACGCCUCGAAAACACAACACCGCAUUUCAUACGCUGUAUAAAGCCGAACAACACUCAGUCACCUGGUAGCUACAGUCAAGAACUUGUGCUUCAACAAUUACGGUGCUGUGGAGUUUUAGAAGUUGUUCGAAUAUCAAGAUCCGGUUUUCCUACAAGAAUGACGCAUCAAAAGUUUGCCAAAAGGUAUGGAUUUCUUCUAUUGGAUCACGUUGCCUCACAGGAUCCACUCAGUGUUUCAGUAGCGAUUCUUCAUCAGUUCAAUAUUUUACCGGAGAUGUAUCAAGUCGGCUAUACAAAGUUGUUCUUUCGUACAGGACAGAUUGGAGUACUCGAAGAUACUAGAAACCGUACUCUCCAUGGUAUAUUGCGCUUGCAAAGUUACUUUCGAGGUCAUCAAGCUCGCUGCCGUUUGAAAGAGUUAAAAAGAGGGAUUGUCACUCUUCAGUCAUUUUUUCGUGGUGAAAAGACUAGAAAAGAGUAUUCAGUCUUAUUGCAGAGGCAUAGAGCUGCUAUACAUAUUCAGAAACGAAUAAAAGCCAGGAUUUGCAGGAAUAAAUUCAGAAGAUUAAACGAGGCAUCAACUGCAAUACAAUCAGUUAUUCGUGGCUGGUUGGUUAGAAGAUGCUCGGGGGACAUAGGAUUGCUGCAAUUUGGGGAAAGAAAGGGCACCGAGCCAGAAGAAGUGCUCGUAAAGUCAACAUUCCUGGCCGAACUACAAAGACGGGUUCUGAGAGCAGAAGCGACCCUAAGAGAAAAAGAAGAAGAAAACGAAAUCCUCAGCCAACGCCUCCAACAAUACGAGAACCGUUGGUCAGAAUACGAGCUCAAAAUGAAUUCAAUGGAGCAAGUGUGGCAGAAGCAAAUGAGGUCACUCCAAUCCAGCCUGUCAAUAGCUAAAAAGAGCCUCGCUUUUGAAAGCGACUACUCCCAGAGAAACUCGGACGCAUCGGUCAACGAAAACGACGAUCAAGAGUCAACUAUCUGGGAGACUAAAGCCCACGAAAUCAACGGUGUGAGAUCGUCCACGAGCGCUGGUACAGGUGUCAUCGGACGAUUGGCUGAGGAGUUUGAGCAGAGGAGUCAAGUUUUCGGUGACGAUGCCAAGUUCCUUGUGGAAGUGAAAUCAGGUCAGGUCGAGGCGGGUUUGGAUCCGGAUAGCGAGCUUCGCAGGUUGAAACAGAUGUUUGAAGGUUGGAAGAAAGAUUAUGGAGCAAGGCUUAGGGAAACGAAGGUGAUUCUACAUAAGCUUGGAAAUGAAGAAGAGCCGACGAGAAAGAAAUGGUGGGGCAGGAGGAACAGCACAAGAAUGGGCUGAGUUUUUAAUUAAAAUCUCUACGAGAAAUCCGAAAAAGAAAAGAAAAAUCACCGGAAAGUAUAUAUAAAGUUCAAGUACCGAUUAUUAUUCAAACAGGUAAAUUCUUGUAGUAGUAUAUCGAAUUGGUUUGUGAUUUUUAAGUGCUUUAGCAGAAGGCGGUUAGCAUUUUGUGCCUUGUGGCAUUGCCCAAGUAAAAAUGUUGUGUGGAGUCGAAAAACGAGUGUGUUUAACGACCGUAUUGUCUGUUUUUUGCUUUCAUUUUCGGGCUUGCCUGAGUUGAAAAUAGUUUUGUAAAGUUACAUCUGCAUCAUUGUUUUUAAGAGAAAAAAAAAUUGGUUCAAU